AUGGGUUCCUUCUCCAUUGACCUACUUCCUAAACCCGCCCCUGACGAUGAUACACUGCCUGAAUAUUCGGCAAGAUUGAGAAGGCUUCGCCUAAGGGCCCUGAAAGAAGACGCGAAAAGUUUCAUUUCCAAGUACGAGCAUGAAGCCGACCAGCAACAGGAUUUCUGGUUGAACAGGCUGAAGGCGGAUCGUGUCGUCCAUCUGAUUCUGGCUCGUGAGGACGGAGCAAAACCGAACGAGACCUUACUGCAGAAAGCGUGGGUUGGGUUCGUGGUCAUCUCUGCUGCCGCCAACGAGAAAGCCCCAGACAGCUUGUGGUCAGCCGAAUGGAACAUGGCGGCCCUUUAUAUCGAACCCGAAGUGCGUGGUCAAGGACUGGGAAAGCGUCUCAUUCAAGCGACCAUCGACUAUAUCAGAGGCGAUGCCUCGACGGAAGAUAACAAACCUGCAUCCUGUGUCACGAGUGUCCGUCACGGCAAUGACAACGCAUUAGACCUUUACCAGAGGCUUGGAUUCCGUAUCGUCGACCCAAAUGAGCACACGGAGAAAGACGGAAAAGAGUAUCUCACGACAAAGUUGAGGAUUGAUAUCCAGCGGGAGAACUAA